CUACUAGUACUUUCUUGUUUGUUAAUAUGGCUUUUCGUUUCGCUAAAUUGCGAGAGCGUCCGUUUUUUCGGUUGCGUUCAUCAGUUCUCAAACUUAGGUUCCCCUGUUAACGGCGGAGGGUAAGGAGUAAGUUUUCGCUAAUUUUUGUUAUGUUUUAACAGCUUAACCGUUAUACUGCUGAAAGAACGAAAACAGUAAGAAGUCUUAUGAGCGAUUGUGGAUGAUACCAUAACAAAGAAGAUCUGUACAGAUUGGCAAAUGUCGAAAGAAGCGUUGAACAGAAAGUGCAUUUGACCAGAAGACUAUACACUAGCAUUCGCUUUUAAUCAAGGCUGCUGAAAGGCCACGGGAAUGAAGGGAACAGCAUCUUCAUAAAAAUGCUGACAUAAUAUCAUGCAGCAUUGGACCUAUAUACAGUGGGUCCAAAUUAACGUCACCGUGAAGAAAGUUAGAAUUAAACAACUUUUGAUGAAAAUAUGGUGGCUAUUGCUGAUGAAAUAAGAAGUUAACAAUGCUGGCUAGCAUUUUGUUCCAAUUUAGCUGCUAUCCACGUAUCCAACGGUGUAAUAAACUUUUAACAAUUGGAAAUGGUCAAAUCUCACGUGUAUUAAAACGAAAUGACUGUAAAGUAAGUUCUCCGUGGCAAACAUUCAUUCGAUAUUACUGAAAUGUGGAUUUGAAUUUAUGCUUUAUCAUGGUUGCUGGGCAGUUCGCAGCUGAACAACCUAGCCUCGUGGUGGUGGAGUCCUAGAAGAUAAGAAUUAAGUCCACUGUGGCUUGUCAAACGUUGUCAAAACAGUUGCUAUACUUUACAAAAGCUAAUAGCUUAAAUCGGAAUGCUGGACUUUCUGUAUGAGAGCAAGCAUCGUAAAAAAACAUCACCAAAGUACGACAAUCCUUUCAACAAAAUCCAAGAGUCAGUGCUUUGGCGUAAUCCAAGAAAAAUGUCAAAGUCCCACGUGAUCCAGCACGACGUGUAGCAUUUUGCACAUGGCUCAGUUGUGCAAGGAGAUGCUCACUUCUGGCCUAACCUUGUCAUCGGCGAUGAAGCAUCAAUAAAGCCUGAUUCUCAUAUGUCACCGACGGUCGGCGAUGUAUUGUUUGCGGUUGUUGACGAAGAAGAUUUAUACAAAAUAACAAAGAUUCAUUAUGAGAAUCAGGCUUAACGAAUGAACGUGUGUUAUCGCAACAUCGCGUGGAAAUUCGAAUCAACUGAUGGUAAAAGAAGAAAAAACAACCAAAGAAAUCUAAAGAAGAGCUAGCAAAGGAGAAACUUGAGAAAGCAGCUGAGGCAUUUGAAGCAGCUGAAGAGUUACAUCAAUCAUUUGUGACUCGUAUUGAUGAAUGGAUGCUGCACAAUUAUGGUAGAGCUAUCGACCUUUUUCGACGUUUCGACCUGAAUGGUGAUGGGUGUUUGACAUACGAGGAGUUUUAUGCUGGAAUGAGAGAUCUUGACGCACCCUGCAAUAAAAUUGAAUUAUAUCUUCUUGCAAAGAAGUUGGAUCAAGAUUCGAAUGAAUUGAUCGACUAUUUAGAGUUUUCAAAAGGGUUAAAGUACUUUCGUAAAUCAGAUAUUGUUCCAGACACGGAUCUUCCCAAUUUGACAAUUGUUAGAGAGAAACUUAAAAAUUGUCCAUGUUGUAAACUAGGAUUAUGGAAGCCCAUGAAAGAAGCUUUCCCAAGAUACAUACAACUAGAAUUGAGGCUUGUCACGUUUGCAAAUGUCAACAGCUAUCCAGGGAACUUUGAAAUCUUAAUUCAUGCUCAUGUGAGUAUCUACUCUAUUGUGGAACUAAUUCAUGAGAGACUUGGUGAGUCAACACAGAAUUUGACCAUCUACAAAGACAAUGAGAGAGAGAUGGUGGUCCUGGAUCCUAAUGUGACAUUACAGGAGACUGGAUUUGAGGGUGGUCCCAAAAACUUGCCACAGGAUGUUGCACUUUUGUACGAUUAUAUGACAGAGUUUAAUGACUGUCCCAUACUAACAUCAGAUCAUUAUUUCUAAAUACCAUAGAUGUAAGAAAUUUUUCUCUCAUUUUAUUUUUGCAAGCUUGUUAGUCUGUCUAUAUAAUGUUACAAUUAUAAAUCACAUGAAAGUUUUGGCAUGCCCACUAUCAAAACACAUAUUGUCAAUUUAAAUUUUUGCUAGUAACAGUUUGAAAGUGUUCUUUGUUAAUAUUAUGCAACCUGGUAACAACAAGUUGGAAAUCUGUCUUAAUUACAAGAGGC